CUCUCUAAAACAGAGCUCUGUUUCAUUCUCUGUUUUUCUCUGUUUCCAAAACAGAGUAUUAAUAUUGGGUUGAAGCUCGUUAACAUCACAUAUUCUGUUCCAACACAAGUAUCCGUUGGCAAUUUGUAUUUCUCUAGGAUCAUCCAGAUCCAAUCCUCUCUCUCUCUCUCUGUGUUUCUGUUUCUAGAACUUCUAAAUUUUGUGUGUGUGCCAACUCACAUUUGGAAUCCAAACAUAAAUGAAAAAUCUGAUUUAUUUUUUUGUUUGGCUUAUUUUUAGUUAGUCUUGUGUGGCUUUAGUUGUAUUCGACGAAUUGAUAGCACAAGAUUUCGGGGACUCCAAUUAAUGUGUCGCAUUUGGUUAUUCUAAUUCGGAUUUUUUUUUUUGUCUGUUGCAAAAUGCUGGUUUCACCGGUCUCAUUCUGGCUCCCCACCAUUUGGGUGGGCUUUCUUUCUGAGUUUUGGGAUCUGGGUUCGUUUAGAUUUGUGAAUCAGGCUUUUGGGUGUUCUUAAGUUGCGUGAAAGAUAUUGACUUUAUCGUUUGUUUCCCUUAAUCGGAUCGUAUGUGAUUGAAUUUUUUCAUUUUGAAGAUCUGGGUCGUUGUACAUUUUCAGAUUAGGCUUCUGGGGUCUCUCAGUGUGGAUUUUAAUAUCCCAUUUCUUUGAUUUGGGAUCUGAGUUCUCUCUCAUUUGCCUUGGAAAAUUUAAAGAGUUGCUUUGAAGGGCUAGUCAGGAGAAAUUAUAUCAAUAGGAGAAUUAUAUAGUGAGAAUAGUAUAUUUAUAGGGAGCAUUCUGUACAUAUAGAGGGAAUUGCAUCAGGAAAAACUGCAUUUUGUGUUGGGAAUAACAGGAUCGGAGAACUUAGAUACGGUUGUGUUUGGGAAAAGGGGACUGUGAAGUGGAAUUAUGGGCUGCGUUUGCUCAAAAGGGUUUUUUCCGCAUGAAUAUGUGGUUGCGAAUCAUAUGAGAGAUAAAGCAUGUAAAGGAAACAAACAUAAAAAGCGGUUAGGUGCUUCCUUGAGGAGAGAGGAAACUGUGGUGGAGGGUGAUGGUGGUGGAAACGAUGCCACUGCACGGUUGAUAACCAAUCCGUCCGCAGAAAUUGCAGGUUCUACCACCAUUUUGUGGGAUGAGGGGGAGAAGAAGGUCCUUAAUGAGAAACCGGGAAAACCACAGCUUCAAAAGCGGUCCACAAUGGAUGUUGGACAAGUAGAGCCUAGGUUGCCUAGUAUAGGUAGUUUGCUCAAUGGGGAAAGAGGAGCACAAGUUGUAGCUGGAUGGCCUUCUUGGCUGAGUGCAGUGGCUGGGGAAGCGAUCAACGGGUGGGUGCCUCGAAAGGCAGAGUCGUUUCAGAAAUUGGACAAGAUUGGACAAGGAACUUACAGCAGUGUGUAUAAAGCUCGCGAUCUUGAAACGAACAAAAUUGUUGCAUUGAAAAAGGUGCGGUUUGCUAAUAUGGAUCCAGAAAGUGUUCGUUUUAUGGCGAGAGAAAUUAUCAUCCAGCGUAGGCUUGAUCACCCAAAUGUCAUGAAGCUUGAAGGUCUGAUUACUUCAAGGGUAUCUGGCAGCUUAUACCUUGUAUUUGAAUACAUGGAGCAUGAUCUUGCUGGACUUGCAGCAACAACUGGGGUCAAAUUCACUGAAGCACAGAUCAAAUGCUAUAUGCAACAACUACUAUGUGGACUUGACCAUUGUCAUAGUCAUGGUGUUUUGCACCGUGACAUCAAGGGGUCAAAUCUUCUGAUUGACCAUGAUGGCAAUCUAAAGAUUGGUGAUUUCGGGUUAGCAACUUUUUUCCACUCCCAUCAGAAGCAGCCUCUGACAAGUCGGGUGGUAACUUUAUGGUACAGACCGCCUGAACUUUUGCUUGGCGCAUCAGACUAUGGAAUUGCUGUGGAUUUGUGGAGUACUGGUUGCAUUCUUGCAGAAUUAUUUGCUGGGAAGCCUAUCAUGCCGGGAAGAACAGAGGUUGAGCAACUGCAUAAAAUCUUCAAACUUUGUGGGUCACCUUCUGAAGAGUAUUGGAUGAAGUCAAAAUUGCCACAUGCAACCAUCUUUAAGCCUCAACAUCCUUACAAACGUACAGUUGCUGAGACAUUCAAGGACUUUCCUGAUCCAGCAUUGGCCCUUUUGGAUGUCCUUCUUGCAGUAGAACCUGAGGGCCGCGGAACAGCUUCUUCUGCACUCCAGAGUGAGUUCUUCACGACAAUGCCUCUUCCCUGUGAUCCAUCAGCUUUGCCCAAGUACCCACCAAGUAAGGAGUUUGAUGCCAGGCUUCGAGAUGAGGAAGCUAGAAGGCGAAGAGCAGGGAGUGUUAUAGGGCGUGAACGUGAAUCAACUAGAAGGGGUUCCAGAGAAUCCAAAGCCAUGCCAGCACCAGAUGCCAAUGCUGAGUUACAGGCAUCCAUACAGAAAAUAAAAGGGCAGCCUAACCCGAAAAGUGUCAGCGAGAAGUACAAUCCUGAAGAUGAUGGUGGCUCUGGUUUCCCUAUCGAACCUCCCAAAAGAAAAGCACGAAGUGUUCUCUCCCAUUCUGGCCAAUCAAUGCACCCAACUACUUACGGAUCUUCACGCAAAAUGAAUGUGAAUGAGCAGGAGGCUCCUACAGUUCCUGGCGAAGCUUUCAGUCGUCCAGAGAAUGGCACAGUGUUUAGAUCACCAAAACCUCACAUACCUGGAACUGAAUUUUCCAGGUUUUCCAACUCAGUAGCAAUUCGAGGCAGCAUGGAUUCACACUGGCCAGAGGACCAUUUUAAUGCAAGAUAUAACCAUCUUGAUAAUGGUGAAGCCCCUGACAAGCACCAGUGGUCCCAACAUUUGCUGGAUAGAGCUAAAUCUUCUUAUAAAAAGGAUGAACAGCCAUCUGGAAAGGAGUCUGGAACGGUUUACACCAAAAAGAACAGGAUCCACUACUCCGGACCGUUGAUGCCUCCAGGAGGAAACCUUGAGGAGAUGCUCAAGGAGCACGAGAGAAAAAUCCAAAAUGCUGUCCGCAAGGCUCGUUUGGACAAGACCAAGAAAACCGAAAGUGAGAACGGACAAACUGAAUCGCUACUCCACUCUGGAAACGGAAGGUGACCCCUCUAGAGGAAAUUUAUGAAUUUGGUUGCAGAAGCUCCUGCAGAGUUGUAAUUCUCACUUUAGGAAGAAUUACUCCUUUUUGGAAUUUGACAAGUCUCAACACCAAGAGAUAAAUCAGCAUUCAUGGAGCUUCUUUGGUUAUAUCACUAUCAAAGGUAUGCUAUAAAGCUCUAAACUACCAAAGUUCUUUAUACGAUACAGAAACGUGAACAAGACUGAAGCAAUGGAAUCCAUGGCCAUUAACUGUUUAUGUUUGGUGUGAAGGCUUCUGGGAUUGACAUGCCGGCUAAUUGUUCCGUUGCCGGGCGUUGAGAAGGUUUUUCUGACAUUGUUUAAUUGCGGGAGAUAAUGAAUUGUACAGCUGAACCACCUUUACCUCUAUAUGCAAAGGCCAGGCAUUGUCCCGGAUUUGAUGAUUUUUGUCAAGGCCGCCAUUCAUUACAAUUUCUUACUCCAAAUACAUCAAUAUUAUCUUU